GUUAUGUUAUGCUGUCAAUUCGUCAUUUUAUUGCUCAUCCUAACCUUAAACAACUAUUUUUGAUGUAAUGCAUUUUGACAUAUUAUUUCAAGAAAACAAUUGAACUUAACUAGUUUUAACUGUUCUUUUAACUUAAACGUUGUAACAAUGUUUACUUUAAUAAAAUGGAACCUCUUGAGAGUUUGUGUUCAAACCUUUUAAGCAGGAUAUCCUGCACAACCUUUUUAGCCAGUUUCGUAGGUGGACUUAACUUAAUGGGAUUAAAAAUAAUUCACGAACUUGAUAGGCCUUCCGGCAACACUUCAAAAAUGGAGAAAUCAGAAUUCUACAGAAAUAAAAUCAUACUUGCACCAAUGGUUAGAAUUGGAACUCUCCCAAUGAGAUUAUUAAGUCUAGACUAUGGAGCUGAUAUCGUUUACUCUGAAGAGCUAAUUGACUGGAAACUGCUUCGCUGCGAGCGCAAAGUCAAUGAUGUGUUGAACACUGUGGAUUUUAUUGAUACAACUGACGGUUCUGUAGUAUUCAGAACAUGUGACAAGGAGAAAGAUAGAGUCGUUUUACAAAUUGGAACAUGCGACCCAGAACGAGCCUUAAAAGCUGCCAAACUUGUGGAGAAAGAUGUUGCUGGGAUUGACAUCAAUAUGGGUUGCCCCAAAGAAUUCUCCGUGAAAGGGGGAAUGGGUGCUGCUCUUCUGAAACAACGAGAUAAAGCUCAAGGUAUUCUGACAAAACUGGUAAACGGUCUGGAGAUACCAGUCAGUUGCAAAAUACGAGUUUUUGAAACUGCAGAAGACACUGUCGAGUUUGGCAAAGCAAUGGAAGCCACAGGAAUUAGUGCUAUAGCAGUUCACGGGAGAACAAGAGACGAGAGGCCACAACAUGACAACCACAACGACCGCAUCAGAGCUGUCGCAAAGGCUUUGACAAUUCCUGUGAUUGCCAAUGGUGGCUCAAAAGAGAUUGAGAAGUACACAGACUUGGAACGGUUCCGCAAGGAUUGUAACGCAAGCAGUGUGAUGGUGGCAAGAGCUGCGGAAUGGGACUGCUCCAUAUUCCGCAAGGAGGGACGACUGCCAAUCGACACAGUAAUCUCGUCCUAUCUGCGGUAUGCAGUAGAUUACGACAACGCAGAUGGCAACACCAAGUACUGCGUACAGAACAUGCUGCGAGACCGACAAGACUCUGAGUUUGGCCGAACAUUUCAUGAGACGCAAACAAACGAACAGAUUUGCGCUUUGUGGAACAUUGCCGAUUACUGUCGUCAAAAAGAAAGGGAUCUGAGGGAGCGAGGUCUGAUAGGUCGGAGGGAGAUGCAAGCUCUGGGACCAAAGAAGAGGAAACUAGACGAUGAUAUAGUGCAAGUACCCUGCAUCUUCCAACGUAACCUGUACGCAGACGACACAGACUUACCAAAGGCUAGGCUGCUACUGUGGACUCGUAGGAAACGCCUGGGUCAGCCGGUGUACGAUACUAUCCAGUUUGAGCGUCAAUUUCAAUCUAUUGUGACCGUGGACAGGAAGAAAUACUCCUCCUCAUGCUGGGAGAAAAACAAAAGGUCAGCAGAACACAGUGCUGCUCUUGCUUGUUUGUGCUCGUUUGGGCUUGUCGACACACAUUCUUUGAAGAAUAAUGGAAGUAUUAUCUAUUAACUGAAAUACAUCAAGCAUUUAAAGAAGAUUGUCCGAGCAUCUCAGUACCAGUAGUUGACGAUGCAUAUACUGAACGGUUUGAAUCUCAAGUUUUCUUUCGUAAAGACAGGUUUUCCUAGUAAGUUGAAUACGGCUUCGGGAUUGUAAAUAUUGUGCGAGUAUUAGGAAAUGAGGAAAGCUUGAUAAGAACAGCCCUUGACAAGUACAAUUAUAGAACGUACGCCCUUGAACAUUCAGUUGGUGCCAAAAACGCAACUGUAUUCGGCAGCAAAGAAAACCCGAACUAAACUUUAUCAUUUUACUGUUGCAAAUAUGUGCAUUUUUAACCUGUUUUUCUUUUACCUAUUUACACAGAAAAUAAUUAAAUAGAAAAACUCAUCAUGCACCAAGGACGUUAAAAAUCAGGGAAAGCAUUAUGUACAAAUUAUGUAUAUAAUAUAUUAUACAAUUAUUA